AUGAUCCUCAUCUUCGCCUGCCUACUGGCUGCAGCCACCGCCGCACCCGCUCCACCCGACGUCGACCAGCGGCAAGACGGCGCCUUCAACGUACAAGCUGAAGUGCAAAACAUUCUAAUACUUGUCGCAGUACCAAAAAAACUACCCUAUGAAAAUAUUCUCGACUUAUUAUUGAAAAGAUCUAAGGAAAAUAAUGACAUUUUAGCACAAGAUAGGUCGGAUAUUCAAGCAACAAAAGCUUUCGUAGAGCCAAGCACGCCGUAUAAAGUUGAAAUCGGUGAGAGUGAGAGAUCGGCUGGUGGUACGGUGGAUGCAGAAGAAGUUGUGAUCGCCGGGCGGCGCCGACUUGACACCGAACCCCAGUCCCACGACGAGAUGAAGCUUAUCGGAGCAACUGAACAGUGCGGGCCAGAUCGUGAGCGGGAUCCUGUCACCCUCAUGUGUCGUUUCCGUGUAGAUGCCAUACCUGAGAAUGCACCUGAAGUAGUUAAGUCA